AUGACGAAGGACUUUCAGGUCGAACAGGUGACAAUAGAUGACGAGAGACUGGUGGAGGCUCAAAGAGUAGCCAUGGAGACCGGGAAAUUGACACCUCUCGUGAAGGAGGAGUUAAAGUACACUAUACUCUCCCGAAGGGAGGCAGACGGGAAAGGUCAACUAGAGGUCAUUUUUGAUGACCCUCAGCAAUACCAGCUGUCCCAAGAGGAGGAGGAGAAAGUGGAGAGACGCAGACAGCAGAAUAGGAAUGCUGCCAGACGAUUUCGUCAGAAACAAAAACGAACGUCACGAGAAUUUAUCAAGAAAAUUCAGUCCCUGGAGUGCAUCAAUACUACGUUACGGUCCGAGCUCAGUGAUUUAAGGCGAGAGAAGGAUGAGUUAAAGAGCGAGCUUCACAUUCAUCUUCUCCACUGUCCAAGCCUCGGACUGGAUCACGCCCCGCAUCGACGUCACUGCCUCGACAAAUGA